AAGCCUGCGCGCAANCCCCGCGGCGGUGGCAUCGCAAAGAGAAAGGGCAGAACCGAUCGCGAUGGUGACCUUGUCAUGGAUCCCACUGCACGCGCUCGUCCAGGUGGUGGUAUCAACAAGGGCGGCAAGACAAGCGCACCCAAGACGCGCGGCGCAAAGCCUGGUGCUCGUGGUCCCGGAUUCGAAAAGAAGCUCGCCAGCCAUGUCGGAGGUGAUUCAGCUGCAGUCCGCACACGACCGAGCAGAGGACUAGAAGAACUCCGAGUCACGGGCCAGAAGAACAGCAAGGCAGCCUCCAACACAGACGGCGGCCUGAGUUCGCUCAUCGCCUGGAUCGAGAAGAGGGCCUCGUUGAAAGCCAAGAGAGCAGUCAAAGUCAAGAAGGUACACUCAUCGACAUUCGCNUCCCGAACUGAAGGAGAUGACUUGCUGAUAUCUGUUCCUGGCGAAGACGCUGCCCAUGUCCUGCGGGUCGACGGCUACGUCUUUGCUGGAGCAAACAUGAAGAUCGAACGAGCCUCUGCCCAGGACCUCGACACUGGUGUCUCUAAGGAGACCACCAUCGCUAUGCUCAAGGGCGUCCUCGUCAGAAGAUACAAUGUCGAUGCAAAACUGCUCGAUCUUAGCGCCCUCGGCGCAGAUCCCGAUCUCAAAGCCGCUCAAAUUUUUGACAGCAGCUCAACCACAGGCAAAUUCUUCCCUGCCCUGAUGAAGGUCCUAGACCAACAGUUCAAAUCAGCUGCCGAGAAGAAUGACGCUAUCAUCAGCGUCACUCUCGCCAACAACGAACUCUCAAGCGUCAGCCCCGUCACAACACUCGCUCAAACCCUACCACAGCUCAAGAACCUGGAUCUGUCAAACAACGCCUUCAAGGAUCUGACUGGUCUCGAAGCAUGGAGACGCAAGUUCCCCAAGCUUGACCACCUCAUCGUGUCUGGCAACCCUCUGGAACAGGCCGAGCCCGACUAUGCCGCAAAGCUCAUGGCCUGGUAUCCUAAACUCCGUCUCCUCAACACUGUUCAAGUCCGCUCCGAUCAGGAUGCCGAGAGUGGUCGUCAAGUCGCCGACAUCCCCUAUCCCAUCAAGGGUCCCAACUUCCAGGACGAAGGCCAGAUUGCCGAAAAUUUCUUGCGUACCUUCUUCGCAGGCUACGACACAGAUCGCGCAACCCUGGCACAGCAGUACUACGACGAGCAGUCCGACUUUUCGUUCGCCGUCAACACUGCCGCUCCUCGAGACCCCACAAAAUCCCACGACACCGCCCCUCAGGAAUGGGACGCCUACAUCAAGGGCAGUCGCAACCUUAAGAAGAUCACCCACCUUCCCGCCAGACAGAGCCGCCUCUGCCGUGGCGCUCAAGCCAUCCACCAGAGCUGGUCUACCCUUCCUGUCACCCGCCACCCCGAUCUUGCUACCCAACCUCAGAAGUGGCUCAUCGAAUGUCAAUCACAACCCGGCGUCCCUGAUCCUACUGGCGCAUCACCUGUUGGUGUCGACGGCUUCCUCAUCACCGUCCACGGCGAGUUUGACGAGAUCGAUGCUAGCGGUCAAGUCAAGAAAGCCCGCUCCUUCGACCGCACCUUUAUCCUUGGUCCCGGCGGUCCUACCGGUGUCCGCGUUGUUAACGACAUGCUGACUAUUCGCGCUUAUGGAGGUUUCGCCGCCUUCGAGCCCGACCACAACGAACCACAAGUCCCAGCCGAGGCCGGCGUGCCCGUGCUCCCACCAGGACUCACACCCGAAAUCGCCGAACAAAUGGUCCUCGAGCUCCAGAAGCAGACCUCCAUGACUGUUCAAUAUGCCAAGGACUGCCUCGAGCAGGUGCAGUGGGACUUUGACCGCGCCUUGCAGGCCUUUACUGCCGUCAGAGCCAAUCUGCCUGCCGAUGCAUUUGUUCAGGCUGCUUAG